AUGGGAAAUAUCUAUCUAUCUAUCUAUCUAUCUAUCUAUCUAUCUAUCUAUCUAUCUAUCUAUCUUUUUCUCUCGAUAGGUAAUACACUAGGUUCAUAUGAAUAUAGCAGUCUUCUUUCUUUCUUUUCUUUCUUUGUUUAUUUCUUUGUUUAUUUUUUUGUUUCUUCUUUCUUUCUGUUGCCAACGAGAAGUGUGCGAGAACCAACGUUGUCGAAGUUAAAUACAUUCACGGGUAUCUAUCUAUCUAUCUAUCUAUCUAUCUAUCUAUCUAUCUAUCUAUCUAUCUAUCUAUCUAUCUAUCUAUCUAUCUAUCUAUCUAUCUAUCUUUUUUUUCUCUCGAUAGGUAAUACACUAGGUUCAUAUGAAUAUAGCUUUCUUUCUUUCUUUCUUUCUUUGUUUAUUUCUUUUGUUUAUUUCUUCGUUUCUUCUUUCUUUCUGUUGCCAACGAGAAGAGUGCGAGAACCAACGUUGUCGAAGUUAAAUACAUUCACGCAUGGGAAAUAUCUAUCUAUCUAUCUAUCUAUCUAUCUAUCUAUCUAUCUAUCUAUCUAUCUAUCUAUCUAUCUAUCUAUCUAUCUAUCUAUCUAUCUAUCUUUUUCUCUCGAUAGGUAA